CGCCGCGGCCAUUGUGGGCCGCUGUCUCCUGCGGACCCGGCGGCCCGGACAGCGGACGACCCGGGGAUCGGAGUCCCUGCCCCAGCCCCGGCCCCGGCCCGGUGGACAGGUUCCCAAAAUAGGUUUGAAGAAAACGAGUGGGGGAAAAUGACCCACUGGUUUCAUCGGAACCCACUGAAGGCCACUGCACCGGUCUCAUUUAACUACUAUGGAGUAGCUUCAAGCCCUGCUGCUGCAAAGAUUUGCAAUGAUCUCAGAUCAUCUAGGACACGGCUGCUUGAACUUUUUGUUGAUUCAACCUGUAAUUCAGAAAUGAUGAAGAAUGCAACAGAUUCGUAUUUUUCACUUUUACAAGGCUUCAUAAAUUCAUUGGAUGAGUCUACUCAAGAAAGCAAGUUAAGAUAUAUUCAAAACUUUAAGUGGACUGAUACAUUACAAGGACAUGUUCCAAGUGCCCAGCAAGAUGCUGUUUUUGAAUUGAUUUCCAUGGGUUUUAAUGUAGCAUUAUGGUAUACCAAAUAUGCAUCACGAUUGGCUGGAAAAGAAAACAUAACAGAAGAUGAAGCAAAAGAAGUUCAUAGAAGCCUGAAAACUGCAGCUGGAAUUUUUAAACAUUUAAAGGAAAACCAGAUCCCCAAACUCAUUACACCUGCAGAAAAGGGAAGAGAUUUAGAGGCUCGACUGAUUGAUGCCUACAUCAUCCAGUGCCAAGCUGAAGCUCAAGAAGUAACAAUUGCUCGAGCAAUAGAACUGAAGCACAAUUCUGGCCUAAUUGCUGCGUUAGCCUACGAAACCUCAAAUUUCUAUCAAAGAGCUGAUCACACUUUAUCUAGUUUGGAGCCUAUGUACACUGCUAAAUGGAGGAAAUACCUUCACUUGAAGAUGUGUUUCUACACUGCUUAUGCAUACUGCUAUCACGGUCAGACUUUAUUGGCAAGUGAUAAAUGUGGUGAAGCGAUCAGGUCUCUUCAGGAAUCAGAAAAAUUUUACACCAAGGCCGAAGCACUUUGUAAAGAGUACGGAGAAACCAAAGGGCCUGGAACCACAGCCAAACCUUCAGGUCACCUGUUCUUUAGGAAACUUGGAAGCCUGGUGAAGAACACCCUUGAAAAAUGUCAGAGAGAAAAUGGAUUUAUUUACUUUCAGAAGGUCCCAGCAGAGGCUCCUCAGCUGGAACUCAAAGCUAACUAUGGACUUGUAGAACCUGUACCUUUCGAAUUUCCUCCUGUAAAUGCACACUGGACCCCAGAAACACUAGCUGCUUUCGAUCUCACCAAAAGACCAAAGGAUGAUAGUGCCAAGCCCAAACCAGAAGAAGAAGUGAAACCUGUGAAAGAACCAGAUAUCAAACAUCAAAAGGACAGUGGGUGCCACAUCUCCUAAGUCACUUGAAAUACUUUUAAUUCUUUCAAAGUGUGAUUUGGAAACUCUGGGGCUUUAAUUCCUAGCUCUUUUUCAGAUUCCUCUGGAGACGAAAGAAUCCUUCACUAAUAACAGGAGUCUUUUGCAGACUGUUGAUAACGAGUGGGAAAAUUUAGGAUUUCUUUAGAAAGGGAAAAAAAAACUUGUCUUACUCUUUUCUUGAGUUUAAUCAGAAUAACAGAGGAGGAUUUAAUGCCUUUAUUGUGCCUCUAGGGUUUUUUGUUUGUUUCAAAUCCAAGUCAUUGUUCUAGGUUUCAGGUUAAUAUCUUUUUGUUGUUGUUGUUAAAUAGUAAUUCACAGAUUUUAUAGUUGGGUUUCUCAUUGCCACCAUUUUCCAGGGCUCUAUCAAAAGCCCUCCUCUGAAUUCAUGUGUAAACUCUUAAUUUGGUCAUUGUUGGCACCGAAAUUUGAGAAUUGAACAACAUUUAACUCAGAAUCUGUAUCAACUAUUGACAAAAAACCAGGGAGCUGUCCUAUUCUUCUAUUUUAUGAUUUAGGUUUGUUGCACUCCAUGCCCCAGUGGGAACAGUACUGACAAGGACAAGAGAGUGUAGGUGGCACUUCACAAACCACUAGUAUGAUAUUCCUCUGGGCAGGGUCUCAAUAUUGAAGUUUCAGGAAUGAGGCUCAUCCAGUAUAUUGCUGAGUGGAAACUCCAUCAGAUUAAGCUAUGCUUGCUUCAGAGUUGUGUUUUCAUGCCAGGAUUUUCAAGUCCUCUUAAAUUGUAAUCAUCAGAUGAACCAUAGUAUUACCUCCCUAAUGCAUUCCUACUUUGGACAGCCGCUAAGAGUCAGCUGUCUAAUUUUCUUUGUAAAUUGCUAUAUCAUCACCUUUCGUGUUGCAGUUGUUAAGUGAAACUCUUCAGCUUUAGGACUUUUGUUUUUUGGACUGACCAUCUUGCAAAUAUUUUGUCAAAUUUAAUGGGCUUUUUUGCUGAAAUCCAAAUUUGACUAUCUUAUGUAUUUCCCAGUCUUGAAAAAAUCAUUUGCUUGACUGAAAUGUAGUAAAGUCAUUUAUUAAAUAUUAAUCACACAUGUACCAUUGACAUUAACAAUCAAGCACGACUCUAAAAUUGACUACUCUCUGCAUACAUACCUUUCUUUGCUGUGCUGAACAAAAUUCAGCCCAACUAUUAAAUAUGUUUUGUCAUCUCCUAUCUGAAUUAUAGGUUUGAAUAUAUCCAUUGUUUUAUGUAGCCCAUCUUUGUUGAGAUUAUGGAACUAGUAAUCUGGGCAAACUUCAGAAGUGAUGGACGACUAUAGCUAGAAUAUUCCCGUAUAGAAAGUAGUCUCGACAUAAUUUUGACAAAAGUGAAGAGAUUGCAUGAAGAUAUUCUUAAAGGAUAGCAACAUAGGUUGUUUUUAGUGUUCGCUGCAUCGAACAUAUAGUUUUAAAAAUGUCAGAAUAUUUAUAAUGUCACAUUAUUUAUGCUUUGUCAUUUCUGUAAUUAUCUUUUAUUAGACAGCACAGAUAAUGUCAUGCUUACCAGAGCUUUGAUUUCUAUUUCAUAAUGACUAUUCAUAUUAAUAAGCUAGUAAUAAACAAAAUCAUGAUUCCUCCUAGAAAAUUAUUUAAAAGUCAUAUACAUUUUAAUUUUGUCACUUGUUCCAUGCUGUAAAUCUUAUGAAAUCAGUGUAGUUAUUUAACUCCUUAUUCUUUCUAGAAAAUUGUUCAAAAGUCCACAUUUUAAUUUUAUUAUGUUCAGUGCUGUAGAUUUCAUGAAAUACAUUUAACUCCUAUUUAAUACUCUAACAUAUUUAAUGCCCAUUUCUGCCUUUGAAUACUGUUUAGUUAGCUUCCGGCUUCCUAUGCAGGUAGCAUUUGGCCUGGACUGGAUCUAAAGUUACUAUUUAGCUUAUCUGUUAUGAUGCAAUAGCCUGUGCAUAUGAUAAGCAAAAAAAAUCACUGUACAACAGUGUGCAGAAAACUUUGCACUUUACAAACUUAAUAUUGUGUUUUCCAUUGCUAUGUAAAAGUGACUGUAAAUAUUCCUUCUUUUUUGUUCUGAUUGCAGUAGGAUACUAGUAAGUUUUAAUAGGAAAUACUUCAUUUAUUUUUCACUGUUUAUGCAUAAAAUAAACUGAUAAUGUCACUUUGGA